GGCUGUGCCGAAGGGCCAGAGAGAGUAUUAGCUGAGGUGUCGGCUAUGCUCGACCAUUUGGAGGGGCACGAGCACAUGAGCAGUUGAGCACUUCAUGAAGAUGCUUAAGUUGUGCCCUUCCCGGACAGGGGAGAUUGUGCAUAAGCUGGUGGCCCAAAGGGCGAAGGUGCUGCCAAGCGACAAGAAGACUCACUACCUAUUGCAGAACUACCGGCAACUGCACAACAACAAUUUUUUGAACUUCGACACCACUCUCAAACUGCACGAGCUGUAUUUGGAGGUGGCCAGAGCACGACCGAAGGUAAAAUUGCCUUCUGCGAAGCACAUUCGGACGCUAAUGAUCGACUUCAUCUUUUUGCGCAUUCAAAAGCAAGUGCAGCCUCUGACUGCAUGCUGGGAUGUCACGGGUUGCACUUUCAUCACGGACGGUUCGACCGAUCGGAGGGAAAAACCUGUCAUGAAUUUCUUGGCGGCGAGGGAGCAGGGAGCGGUGCUGGUGGCAACGAUGUCGAUGGAUGGAAAGAAGAAGACCGGACCAGCGCUGUCCAAACUUUGGGAGAAGAUAAUGAGGGAGAUCGGGCUGCAACGCAUCAAUGCGAUUUGCACCGACAAUGCGGAGAUGAACAAGAAGGCCGCGCAAAUUUUGGAGAGGCGCACGGACUUGGCGGUUUCACGGAUACCUUGGGUUCCGUGUGUUGAGCAUUGUUGCAGCUUGCUGCUACGGGACAUCAGCAAGUUGGAUUGGAUCAAGGGCACGGUGAAGCGGAGCCACACCAUUGUCAAGUUUACACGGAACCACCACUGCACACAUAGCCUAAUGAUGUCGUUGGAUGACUCAUUAUCGCUCUUGCGACCGACCGAGGUCCGUUUUGGGUCGGUCUACAUGAUGAUGGAGCGGUUGUACGAUCGGAGGGCGAUUUUGAAGCAGAUGGUCGAACGGAGCCUAGUCGGGAGAUGGAAGGCGAUGCUGUGGUCGACAACCAAACUGCAGUCCAAAGCGGAUCUUAUCUUCUUCACAUUGCGGAAUGAGGGUUGGUGGCCCGAGUUGAAGAAGGUGGUGGAGGUGAUGGAUGUAUGUAUUGCUUCGGAGGAUGGACAAGGACGAGACUGCCCCGUCAAACCUUGUGGAGUACGACCGACUAACGGAGAGGAUGCUGGCGGAGGUCGUGCUGACGGAGGAGCAGCGACGUACGUCGCAGAUUCUAACACCAUCUCGCCAUCGGAGUGGUGGGCGACUCAUGGCGGCGAUGUGCCGCAGCUGCAGGCCAUUGCCAUGAAAGUAAUGGGCAUGUGGAGCACGGCGACUCCGGCGGAGCGGAAGUGGUCUUCGAUGGACUUGUUCCACUCGAAGCGACGGAAUCAGUUGAACCCCUCAACCUUGGAGAAGUUGGUCUAUAUUCACUGGAAUAUGCAACUGCUGCAUUCCGGGAAAAACUUAAAGGACGUCGGCUACAUCGACUUAUGGGCGCAGUUCUUCGAGUCUCUUCUGGAGCCUGAGGCGGACGAUGGUUCUAUUUUGAAGGACCCGGUGGAGGAGAAGGACAAGACGGAGGACAAGCUAGUGCGGGAACGGACCUUCAUCAAGACACUAAAGGGCCGGAUUCCGAAGAACCUCGAAGACGAGGAGGAGGAGGAGGAGUGCACCGACGACAACGACCUUGAUGAUGAGGGGAAGUUGAUGAGUCAUCAGACGAUGACUGAGUUGGGAAUCCCGCCGUCAAUCUCGUGCACUACAUAUGUCGGGAUGAGGGAAGCAGCACAGCGUCGUCGAGAACGGCUGCCCACAACACCAUCUCAAUGCACGGCGAACACCACAGCGCAUUACAACAUCCAAUCGGAUGUCGAGGUACCACAGACCGACACCGACAUGGAGAUGGUGCUUUGCCACGGUCCAAUCAACAAAGAUGAGGAGGAGGCCGACCGUGCACAGGCAUGGGUUAAUGCGGAUCAAGAACGGGUGCAAAGAAGGAUGAGGGAGGAGGAGGAGCGACGCGCAGCUAUACCAACCUGCAGAGAAUUGGAGAAACUGAAGAAGAAGGUUGGGGAGCAAGAAUCGGAGUCAGUGGGGAAUAUGGGUCGGCUAGAGGAGGAGAAAGAAGAGGCGAUCGGCCAGCGAGAGGAGGAGGCAGAACACGAGAUUGGCCAGCCACGGGAGGAAAAAAAAAAGAUGGAGGAGCAAGAGGAGGGAGAAGAAGAGGCUGGCAUGAAACAGCAAGAAGAGGAGGAAGAGGAGGGAGAAUAAGAGGCUGGCAUAGAGCAACGGGAGGAGGAGAUGGAACAGGAGCAAGGAGACGGCACAAAACAGCAAGAAGAGGAGCUGGAGGAGAGUGAGAACGAGCAGCAGUAGGAAAAGACGGCGAACAUCGAGGAGGAGCAGCCUGCACCGACGACCGUGUACAAGCGUCGGAAGUAAACUGUGGAGGCUGCUGGCUCACCGGAGAAACUUCCACGUGGCAGGCCUCGGAAGAACGCGACUGUCGGUCCGGCUGCAAAGCCAAAAAAAAAAAAAACAGCGGUGCAAGGCUCGCAAACAAAUUGUUUGCCGAAGA